ACAUACUCCCCUUACAGACCCUGCGAUUGGUUCGUUUGCACAUAAGUAGGAAGUCAACUGCAGUGUAGGAUACUUAUCACUGACGUUCCAGGGGAGAAGUUUACUCCAUGCGGGAAAACCCUCAAUCUUGUUCCUCUUAGCGAGGGACAACUCUGUCCUGCAAGCUGCAGUGUUUUAAAGGUUUAGCCCUCCUAGGAAAGACUAUUUCUACAAGAAUAGUGGCAACAGACAGGAUAACAGAGACGUCUACACGUUUCAAGGGGCAGGUGUGGACAAGUUUCAGCACCUGGGAUGUAUCUCAGAUUUACUCUGAAGGAUCUGGAUGAGGGCGUCUUUCAGGAUUGAGAGCUUGUGCUAGGUUCUUUGAGGACUUCUUGAAGGGUUGUGGAUAACCUGCUGGUCUGUCAGAUUUUACACAGGACACUCAGGAAAUUUCGCAAGCACUUUCACACACCAGUAGAGGGCCCUGUUUGACAACAUGCAGGAAGUAUUAUUAUUUCUCUAUUAUUAUUUAUAGUAGUGAUACUGUAUUUUUCAAAGCCAAUAACUAAGUCAUUUUUCUCAUAGAGCAUUACUUUUGUCUUGUUUUUGUUUCAUAGAAAUCUGUCUAAAAGUACUUGGAGAUAAUAUACAAAUUAAAGGAACUAAUAUAAUAGUAUUGUAGACAUACUCAGAUACACAUUAACACACUUUCAACUGAACCAGUCACUAGAUUCUGGGUAACUUAAAGAAAUGGGGGGAAAAACAUGAUUAAUUAUUAACAACAGGUGUGAGGCCCAGCCUGAUCAGCUGACUUGAACAAGGAAGUUGCUCAAACUUGUCUGGUUCCUCUUGUGUUUGGAACACCUUUGACUUGCAAAGAGAGAUGCAGGUAGCAGAGCUGUAGAGAGCGGUUGAGUAUACAGUAGUCAACUUCAGCGGUAGCAAAAAUGCUGAAAAACCUCUUUAACGUCCUAGCCCUUUUUGCUUUGCUCAGUCUGGCAUGUUUCGUUGUGCUUACAUUCUUCAACAAAAACGACACUUUUUUUCCUACGUCAUAUUACAUGGCAAAUGGAAACAACACCCUUUCCUCUGUGAUGAGGGGACAUGUGCGCCAGAUGUGGCAAAUGAAGAGUGAAGCCUCAAAAGCCAGCCCAGAGAAGACACCGAUACCUGUCCCUACGAACAAGACUUUGGGACCCUGCCCUGAGACCCCUCCAAAUCUUUUGGGUCCUCUCCAUGUGGAGUUUAAUAAUAAACAGACUUUGGAUGAGGUGAGAAAGAAGGUCAGUGCUCCUCUUCAGGAGGGAGGACGGUACAAACCACCAGACUGCAUCUCCAAACAGAAGGUGGCGAUCAUCAUCCCAUUCCGAAAUCGACAUGAGCACCUGAAGCAUUGGCUGUAUUACCUCCAUCCUAUAUUGAUGCGACAGCAGUUGGACUACAGUGUGUAUAUCAUCAACCAGGAUGGAGAGGGAGUGUUCAACCGGGCUAAACUGAUGAAUGCAGGCUAUGUUGAAGCACUGAAGGAAUAUGAUUAUGAGUGCUUUGUCUUCUCUGACAUAGAUCUGGUUCCUAUAGAUGACCGUAACCUCUAUAGAUGUUUUGACAAUCCCCGACACUUGGCUGUGGCUAUGGACAAAUUUAACUUCCAAUUACCCUAUAACACCUACUUUGGUGGGGUUUCUUCGUUGUCCAAGAACCAAUACUUGAAGAUUAACGGCUUCCCGAACACUUACUGGGGCUGGGGUGGUGAGGACGACGAUAUCUAUAGGCGAAUUAUCUUCCGUGGAAUGUCCAUUUCUCGACCUGACUUGGUGAUGGGAAAGUACAAAAUGAUUAAACAUGAGAGAGAUUUGCACAAUGAACCUAAUCCAAAAAAUCCUGAUAAACUGGCCCAAACCCAGUGGUCCAUGGAUAAAGAUGGAAUUAAUUCCCUCAAUUACACAGUCAAGGAGAUUGUGAAGGAUAUACUGUACACUUUUAUCAGUGUGGAUAUUCAGGCUCCGCCAAGCAAAUGAGGAUGGAACCUGUGGAUCUGGGACUGCUGUUGACUAUUGAUAAAAUGAACAUAAACUUUCUGAAUAGAAAGUACAGAGAUUCUUUCCAGUUUUUCUCAGUUGCCUUGGCACAAUCCUCAAGUGACAAUCAUUGUUCUCAAAAUAGAACGUCAAAUUAACUUUUCUCAUUGCUUUCACGUGUAAUUCAAAUGUAUAAGCCCAACUGUCUUUAAAUGAACCAGUGAUGAAUUGAGCUACUGCUGGUGAUGGAUUCAGACACAACAAGAGUCAACAGUCUGCUCGUGGAGAAGGAAAGAUGGGUAAGACUAUGUGGUGGUUUGUACAGGUGGACACAAGAGAUGUCACAACAGAGACAUUUUGGUAAUUGUUGCAUUCAGUAGAUUUCUGAGUAUUGCAAGGGCAAAUAUCACAUGCAGAGUAGAUGACAUAGAGGCCAGACAGGAGUGUUUAGUUGGCCAUUGAGGUGGCGAAGGGGUUUUAUGUUUUGUUUCUUAUUUAUACAAAAGUUACUGUUUUGUCAUGAUUUUGUUGUAUUGAGACAUUUCUCUUACUGUACAAUGCAAUACCAACUUAACAUUACUGUUACUGUUGAUGCUCACUGUGAAAUAUGGAACAUACUGGAAAGGUGUACACUGACAGUGAGAAGCCUGUGAAUAGACUUUUAGUUUAAACUUGUUUGCAUGAAAUGGUUUGAUGGGUACUUCUUGAGUCUCUUCCAUAGACUUUUGACUGUCCUGGGUUGAGAACGAAAAAUGGAAAAAAUUAUUUUGGUGAUGGGUUUACGGAUUUCAGUUAUUUGUGGCCUUUUGCAAUGAAGUAGAAUUCUGCACAAUUCAAACUGAUGUGAUUGUUGUAUCUAUGUUUUUUUUUUUUAACUGUAAAAAUGUGCUUAGCAAAUGAGAAGAACUGUUAUGACAUUUAUGUGCACAAUGGUCCAGCACUGAGCUUCACCAUGAACAUCAAAACUAAAUUGAACUUUAAGUAAG